GCGUGCAUUGACUGCCCAUUUGUUCUCUACUCUCGCCUGCACGGAACGCACAGUCACCCGAUCGAUCGGAUCUCUCGCUACACGGCCAUCUGACGCAGUUCCGGUUUCGGGUAAUCGCCUAUUCCCGAUUACUUGGCGCGGCCGGCAGGCAGAGAGGCGAGAUCGUGCAAUCGAUCACCCGUCAAUCCUACGAAGGAAAGGGGAGGCUGGAAAGUCCAGUCGGUACAUUCAACGUCCGCCGGUGGAUCGUGUCUUCCACCUGGCAAACUCCCACUUGGCUGGAAAUUUCACCGACGGCAACUCGCUAUGGGGCAACACGGUAGACAGCCGUUUUCGCGGGAGGUUGCUUUGCUUUUGUUGAUGGCCUCGACGGCCUCGGCCCUUUCACUCUCCAAUUUUCAAGUCAUCGGCUCGUCUGCGGUUCCAAUCAGCUGCAUCCUGGCGUACAACAAUGAAAUCCCUGGCUGUACAGUCAACGACUUUGUCCGGGGAAGGACAUGUUCGGCAGAGUGCGUGAGGGGUCUUGAGGAGGUUCAGGAGACCAUCGAGUCCGUCUGCAGCAACGUGAACGCGCCUGCGACGUCAGUUCUGGGACAGGUGCUUGCGGGCAAUCUGGUGAAUCUGCUCUGUCCAGGCGCAUCUGGAGAUGCGCCAAUGCCAACAAUCCGUCCUCCCACGACCUCAGCUGUGGAGACGCCGACGUCGACGGAGGAAUCUGUCACUCAGACGACUAGCGAUUUUGAGCAGUUUCCGACUUCAGCUCAGUCUUCCACAUCAGUAUCGACGAGCACAACCUCCGGCCUCUCGGCCGAGCCGACUCAAGAUACCGACGAGUCCGGAGGCGGGAGCCCUUUCGAUGCCUUCAGUAGCAACUCUGGCUCCCCACGGCUUACCAUUCGUUGGGCGGAAGCGGCACCUGUUGGCUUAAUAGUAGGCCUCAUAGUCAUGCGAUAGUCAUCUGGGAUGCCGGAAAGAGAUGCGCGGCGCUGUGAAGGGACGGUCGUUGGCUGCCUUGACGAAGUAGCGUUUAUAAUGAAUGAUACGGCCGUGUAGGGUCUAGGCGACGGUGGCCUGGCAUGUCGGGAUAUUCAGGGCUGUUACGGGAUAACCAGUUUCAUGGGAGGCAGGGCCGGCUUGAAGCAUGCUGUGCAAUAAUGCUGGGCGAUGGCUGCAAGGGCGGAAGGGAAGACGGGUAACUGCGUAAUU